AUGCGUGAGUUUCCGUUGACAACCAUGAGCCUGAAGCCAUUCAUGCGAGAGUUUCUGCUGCUCCACUUGUACCCGCUCCUGCGCCACUUUGGCAUUCUUCUGCUGGGCUCACCCGGCGUUGGCAAGACCCCUUUUGUCAUUGUGCUGGCGAUGGCACUUGGCAGGUAUCACCUUCGUCGCAAUGGCUGUGAAGGCCUCCAGCCAGGAUGGCGUCGUGCCAAAUCUCUUGACAACUUCAGACAUCGGGCUCCCAUGGUGCACGAAGCUUUGUUCCUCGACGACCCGUGUCGAUCCAAAGUCAACAUUGCAGACUUGAAGAGUUUCAUGAAUACAGAUGAGGAUGGCACUGUGGAUGCCCGUUACAAUGAUUCCCGUAUGGUGCGCAAUCAGCUGCGAGCAUUUGCCUCGAAUGACCUGCCGGACCAGGUUAUUGGCCUCCAGACGCAAGUGCAGCCCGGGGAGGCCCAGCACUUGCGAUACCAGAAGCACGCUGAAGCCGCGCUGCAGAAAGGCGCGGAGUCGGAUAGUUAG